GUGCCUAUCCAUCUCUUCCUAUCCCCGACUUAUCUUCUACAUACCUAGCACUAACGCAAGGGAAGUAAAAUGGGCCCCUUCUCCAUCGUGUCCCGUAUUUUCCUCGAUAUCGGGGUCUUCUCUUGGGAUAUCCUGCUUACACUUUCUAAUCUCGUGCGGAGGAAGCUUCGCAUCGGACAUGUCACCCCCCAUGGCCACCCAGGCUAUGGAGGGUACUGGCCCGAGUAUAAGCCUCCCAAGGAGACCGACUCCCGCUGCUCUUGCCCUGCACUUAAUGCAAUGGCCAACCAUGGCAUCAUCCCGCGCAGCGGCCGCAACAUCUCGUUUGCCGAGGUUGAACGUCAUAUCCGGACAACGUACAACUUCAGUUCUACCUUCUGCUCAUUUGUGCCGCGUUUUGCUGCUCGCAUGCUUAAGAAAGACUACAGCGAGGACUUAUUUGAUUUGGAAGAACUUGAUCUACACAAUGGUAUUGAACAUGACGGAUCCCUCUUACGCCUCGAUUCCGCUUUCAAACAGAAACAAUCGACAAAGCACACACCUUUCAUUGAAGAGCUACUUGCGGCGGCAACUGGCAGGGACAGAAAAGACAAUAGUAUUAUUCUCACCACCAAAGAUGUCUCCAGGAUGCUUAGCAAGCGUCGUGCAGUGUCGCGUGCGUCAAACAAGGAGUUCUCUCUCAGCUCUUUCCACAAGAUCUUUGGGAGCACGAAUGCCGCGACCCUAGUUACUGUCUUUGGAGGCCGUGUAGACGACCUCCAUAGCUUCCUUCAUGAUGAACGACUACCAAAGGGCUGGGAGUUGCACAUCCGCCAACCUCACGGAAUGACUCUGAUGCAAAUCAACAAGACCGUACUAGAAAUUGAGCGUGGUGUGCGCGAGCGGGAUUGGGCAGAGGCCGCACGGGAAGCUGCACAAUUUGAUAAAGCUCUCGUUUGAAAUUCCGCCCCGGACAUGACAUCGGGAGCUUGUCUAAUGUUACCAAACUCACACGUGUUGUCUGCUCACUCAUUUGACCGCGACACCUAGGGCAAUUAUGAUGAGUUCAUUGCCUUUGAAUGCACAUCAGUGUCGUUUGUUGUUUUACUUAUGAUUGACAACAGAGAUUCCCAUUGCAUUGAAUCUGAUC